AACAUGUGAGACUGAAACACUGUGAUCAUUUCAGCUGUUUGUUUUAUCUUGAUGCUGUUUUUAUCUCUCUUUUUAAUAUUUAUUAAUCUGUGAGGUAAUGACGUCAUGCCGACGUUAAUGAAGCGUGGAUGCUGAUUGGUUGCUCAGGAAUCCGUUCAUUAGGAAGCUUGUAUUAUUUUAUCAUUGUACAGUGUAGACGGAAUGAUCAGUGUUAAUGUUGAUGUUCAGUGGCAGGAAGGUCCAGUAGCUGAUAUCUUUUUCCAUCAAGGUGCGGAAGAGGAAAUGACGAUACACUGCUUCUGUUCCAGAGCUUUUGUCAAUGACCGAGAGCUGUAUAGAUCGGAUCUGAAGUCUCUGCAGAAUCAGACACACGAUGGACCACGAGCAGUCUGUCAGGAGGAUGAUGAAGAUGAGGAUGAGGAGUCCAGCUGCUCUGAGGACGACGAGGACGACACAGUGGUGGAUGAAGAAACCCUGCUUAUGGUCAGUUUGGGGCUUCCUGUAGCGUUCACCAGCUCCUCGCUUCAGAAGAGAGCAAAUGGAUACAGAGCAAAGAAUAAGAACUGCACGAAGCCCAACGAUUAUUCUAAAAACUCACAGCUGGAGCUGGUGAUGGGCGAUGAGGAAGAAUGUGAGGAGGAAAAAUGUGAGGAGGAGGAGCGUCAGGAGGAGGAGCGUGAGGAGGAGGAAGUGAAGGCUGAUGUGGUCCAGACUUGCACAGAGCCGGAGUCUCACACUGAUCAUGCCUGGCUGCAGUACUGGAAUCUGCACGGAGAGAGCCUGCUGUGGACAAGCUGGGUGGAGAAACACGCCGAGUUCUCCAGCGCGUCUCCUCCAGCUCCAUGGGCGUGUCCUGAAUGGAGAGAAAAGUGGGAGGAGCAUGCUAAUCAGACAUAUGUAUAUUACUGGGAGCAGUUUAGCUACUGGGUAUCUCAGGGCUGGACUACAGAUGAGACGAUUAGUGCUGAUGCUGUUCGAGACGAGGAACCGUACGCUGAGGAACAGCAGCAUGAACAGCUGGAUGUGAUGGAACUGGAGAGGGAACGGGAUAAGUCUUCUGCUUGCUGUGAUCAGGUAUCAGGAGAACCGGAGAAGUUUCCGGAAAAGCCCACUGAUAUCACAGAGCUCGUUAGCAGUUUAAACUUGGAGACAGAGAAACGUGAGCGUUAUGAUAUUAAUAAAACUUUACACUGUACUUAUGCUAAUGAGCCCCAUGAUGGAGGAGACCGGGAAAGACCGGCUUCAUCGGGCAGCACCAGCACCGAGAAAAGCAGUGAAAAGCUGAGCUUCACUGAGCCGAAUAGAGAAAGCCAGCCAGCGAAGAGCGGCUCCAGGGAAGACGAUGGUGAUGAGGACAAGCCCCCAGAAAGAAAAGCAAAAACAAAAAGAAGUCAUGAACUAGACGUUGAUGAACUCGCUCAGAUGUCUGCUGAUGAAGCCUGGGAGACUCUGGGCCUCAAACGCGACCCUCAACACAAAUUUGUGAGUGUUUUAAAGUUCCGGAAAAUUCAGGAGGGAAGACCGAGAAAGGCUAAGUGGAGACAGAAGGCCACCGGCAAACUCAACAAGCACGUGUUCUUCACAGAGGACGGAGAGAUGGCUGAGCCCAAGAUCAACAAAACACUCAAAAAAGUGCAGAGUUUCCUCCAGAAGGUCCGAACUGAGAAUGACUCUGAGAAGACAGACGCACCGGCGCUGGACAGAACAGGAGACGGACACGGCGCUCCAAAUCUGCAGGAAUAUAAGGAGGAAAAGAUGGAGGAGUUUAGAGAAACUGCUCAGCUUGGAGAGCAUGGAGAAUGUGAAGAAUGCAGCAAGCCGCAGGUGAUAACCGAGCUGGAGCUGGAACCAAAACCACUAACAGAACCAGAGCUGGAAACUUCAGACGGUGAGGAACAGGAACACGGAAGGGAACUUGUGCCUCUAGAUAUCCCAGACUUCCUCCUUCCUGAUGUUCCACAAGAUGAAAAUGAAGCCGAUAACGAGACGCCUUUGAAGAAGAAAAAGAAGAAGGCAAGAAGGAGGAGGAGGAGGAGGAGGGAAGGGGGCGUGGACAUGCCUCCUGAGAUCGCAGCCGAGCCGGACCUGGCUAAGUACUGGGCUCAGCGGUAUCGACUGUUCUCUCGCUUCGAUGAGGGCAUUAAACUGGAUCACGAGGGCUGGUUUUCUGUCACGCCUGAGAAGAUCGCCGAGCACAUUGCUCAGAGAGUGCAGGUUGCAUCCCAGACUCUUGUUAUCGUUGAUGCCUUCUGCGGUGUGGGAGGAAACGCCAUCCAGUUCGCCCUGACUGGAAACACGGUGAUCGCUGUCGAUAUUGACCCGCUGCGAUUAUCACUCGCACAGCACAACGCCGCGGUGUACGGAGUUAGCCAACGGAUCGAUUUCAUCCAGGCGGAUUUCCUGCAGGUGGCGCCGCGGCUCCGGGCCGACGUUGUCUUCCUCAGCCCGCCGUGGGGUGGACCCGAGUACCUCAGCGCUGACGUCUUCAACAUCAAGACCAUGAUGAGCCCGGAUGGAUUUGAAAUAUUCAGGCUGGCCAAAAUGAUUUCAGAGAACAUUGUGUAUUUUCUCCCAAGGAAUGCAGAUAUGGAGCAGGUUGCGUCUCUCGCUGGUCCCGGUGGGAAAGUGGAAGUGGAGCAGAACUUCCUCAACAAUAAACUCAAAACCAUAACUGCAUAUUUCGGCAGUUUAAUCAAGUCAGAUUCAUAGUUGAACUUUUUUUAUUUAGUUUUAUUGACUAAUUACUGUUUUAGGAUGAACCAUUUCUUUGUGUGUCAUGUGACCUGUUUGCAUAUUUACUAUGUCAAGUUCAUGGUUUCUCGGCAGCCAUACAACCUGCAUAUUUGCUCCCAACUUUCCUAUUUUCAAAGUUGUUAAAAAUAUUAAAUACUAUAAAACCCUG